CCCGCUCUCCAGGCGAAACGGCCGUUACGUCAUCACGCCGCACGUCUCGCUCCACGAGUGGUGUGUGUAUGAAAGGAGUGUCCGGCUCUCGCCAGUCUCUCACACCGCGCGCCCGUUCCACCCUCACACAUCAGAAAGCAUGGCAGAUGAAUGCAUUGUGAGAGUCCGUGGUUUGCCAUGGUCCUGCACCCGGGAAGAGGUACUGGAGUUUUUCUCAGUGGAUUGCUCUAUUGCCGAUGGAGUUGGCGGUAUUCAUUUCACAAUGUCCAAGGAAGGGCGUCCUAGUGGAGAAGCCUUUGUUAUACUGGACACAGAAGAAGACCUUAAAAAGUCUCUAGAAAAAGACCGGAAGUAUAUGGGCCACAGAUAUAUUGAAGUUUUCAAAUCAAACAACACAGAAAUGGAAUGGGUCUUAAAACACAGCAAUGCUGGAGAGGCAGAAUCCUCCACAGAUGGAACCGUGAGGCUUCGUGGGCUACCCUUUGGCUGCAGCAAAGAAGAAAUUGUACAGUUCUUCUCAGGGUUGAGAAUCGUGCCAAAUGGGAUAACAUUGACGGUGGACUACCAGGGGAGAAGCACAGGGGAGGCCUUCGUGCAGUUUGCUUCAAAGGAGAUAGCUGAAAAAGCUCUGGGGAAACACAAGGAAAGAAUAGGGCACAGAUACAUUGAAAUAUUUAAAAGUAGCAGAGGCGAAAUCAGAUCCUCUUAUGAUCCACCUCGAAGACUGAUGGGAGGACAGCGACCAGGUCCUUAUGAUAGACCAAUGGGUGGUGGCCGAGGUGCCUACUACGGAGCUGGCCGUGGCAACAUGUAUGAUCGUAUGCGAGGAGGAGGUGGAGGUGGAGGUUAUGGGGGUGGCUAUGGGGGAUUUGAGGAUUACAGUGGCUAUAACAACUAUGGCUUUGGAGGAGAUGGCUUUGACGAUCGGCUUCGAGAAAGCAGAGGUAUGUCUUCCUCAUCUGGUUACCCCGGAGCUGCUGAUGGUGGUACAGGUUUCCACAGUGGGCAUUUUGUUCAUAUGCGGGGCUUGCCAUUCCGUGCAACAGAAAGCGAUAUCGCCGGUUUCUUCUCGCCGCUUACACCAAUCAGAGUACAUAUUGACAUUGGGGCAGAUGGAAGAGCCACUGGAGAAGCAGAUGUGGAAUUUGGAACACAUGAAGAUGCAGUAGGAGCCAUGUCCAAAGAUAAAAACAACAUGCAGCAUCGGUAUAUUGAGUUGUUCUUGAAUUCAACUGCUGGUGGUGGUGGUGCUGGAAUGGGCAGUGGCAUGAACAGUGGCAUGAACAAUGGUGCAGGCUAUGGUGCAGUUGGUAGAAUGGGCAUGACAGGAAACUACAGCGGUUGCUAUCCAAAUCCAGAUGGUCUAGGUGGUUACGGAAGGGGCAAUUCUGGAAACAGUGGGGGCUACUUUGGGCAGCACGAUAGCAUGGGCACUGCUGGAUGGCGUGGAAUGUACUAGCAAAGAUUUUGUCUAGAGGCGUUCGUGGAUGAAAGUUUUUUUUUUUAGUUCUGUUUUUGUGUUUAGCUCUUGUACAAAAUUUGUAUGAGAAAGUUGAUCUUAAAAACAAUUUUAGUGAGCAGAGUACAGUGGACAUUGUUACUGUAGGAAUAUUCAUUUGUUUGAAUGCAAACAUUUAACUUUGAAUAAAUUUUUUUUAUAAUCAAA